UGAAAAGGAGCAAAAACAAAACGCCACUAAGCGAACGCAUGUUAAAAAUGAAGUUCUGCGCGAAUCUAUCGUUUAUGUUCAGUGAAGCACCCUCGAUAUUGGAGCGAUAUUCUUUAGCUAAAGAUGCCGGAUUUAAAGCAGUCGAGACAGGUUUCCCGUUUGGACACUCUUUGGAACAAGUGAAACAAGCUAAGGAAAACUCUGGUGUAGAUCAAGUUUUGAUUAAUCUUUUGACAGGAGAUGUAACUAAAGGUGAGGUUGGUGUAACUGCAGUACCGGGCAAAGAAGAUGAAUUCCGGGCCAAUCUCAACACCACUAUUGACUAUGCAAAGGCUGUUAACGCUAAGAAAAUUCACAUAAUGGCUGGGAAACUUGACAAUGUUACAGUUAACAAUUGGGUAACAUAUGAAGACAAUUUAAAAUAUGCAGCGAAUAAACUGAAGGAAGACAAUAUUUUAGGGGUUAUUGAACCGAUUAAUCAGCAUUCAGUGCCAAAAUAUUUCUUAAGUGACUAUAGAAAAGCUAUUGAAAUAAUACAAAGAAUAAAUAGUCCGAACCUGAAAUUGAUGUUGGAUAUUUUCCACUUGCAACAGAUCUGUGGUGAUAUAUCUCAUAAUAUUAAAAGUUUCAUGCCAUAUGUUGGUCAUAUACAAAUAGCUCAAGUACCUAAUAGAAAUGAGCCCGAUACUCCCGGCGAGAUAAAUUAUGAAUAUGUACUAAAGCAAUUGGAUAACCAUGGAUACAACGAUUGGAUCGGACUAGAGUACAAACCAGCUAACAAUAGCAAAGAUGGACUUAAGUGGAUUAAAAAGUUUGGUUACGAUCUGUGAUUGAAAAUAUAUUAUAUAAUCAAUAAAAAUAUGAAAUUUAGAUAUGUGUAUUGAUUUAAUAAUAAUAAUUAGGGAAAUAAAACAAAAUUCUAAUACUAACUUAAAUAAGAUUAAAUGUUAUGAUGCGGUGUUAUAAAAUUGUUGCACCCAGUAGUGUUUCUUGACACUGUCCAAUGAUAAUCUCUCUUUGCUUGAUGGUCGGAGAAGCUGCAACAAAGAAAUUAAUACUUAUAAUAUUUAUUGCAAAAAAUUAUAUGUCUGUAAUUGUAAUUAAGAGUUGCAAUGUUAAUUUAUCAAAUAAUCGUCAAAUUUCACUGAAUUUAAAAACAUCGGUAUUAAGAAAAAAUGUUUCUUAAUUUUAUUUGCCUUAGUAAGAUGUCGAUAUUGAAUAAAUAAAUAAAAUUAACAAUAAACUACCUUCGAGAUAAGAUCUUUGGCUCCUUCUGGUACAUGACUAGGGUAGGUCAUGUCUAACAUGAUGAUUCUUUGGUAAGUCUUGUCCUGGCCCUCACUUUCAAAAGGGGGUUUACCAACUAAAAAUUCAUAUAACAACACUCCGAUACACCAGUGGUCUACGGUGACGUCAUACACUUCCCUCUUCACCAUCUCUGGAGGUAGAUAAUCAAGAGUGCCACACAUUGUUUUGCGCCUGAGGAUAAAAUUAUAAUUUUAUUGUGAUUUUAAGUUAAAAUUUUCUUGAUUAAAAUUAAUGACUCUUUUUCUAUAUAUUUUUCUACUUCCUAUCAAGACAUUUUUUUAAAUCAGAGAAAAUGGGUAUGAGAAAUAUUACAUUUGAUAUACAUCUAGAUAAAAAUAUCUAUUACAUGCCAGACCUUGCUACCAUAGUUCUGUGUAAUAACUGCAACAAUCCUACACUAGCCAAUAUACAACAAGACAUAUUGUAAUGUGGUCUGGCAGAUGUAUCCAUAUAGUGAAUUCCUCGCUUAAGAUCCUAGUGUGUCAUGGCACUGUCAUUUUAUCAAAUGCACUCAAUAUAAGGUGAUCUAGUUUGGGUCUGAGUAAUGUACAACAUUGCUGUCUAAUAUAAUAAAAAUAAAUAUAAUGUCUUGUAUAAUAUUGACAGUAGCAAUAAGUUGAAUGCAUAACUAACCUUUCCGAUGGUGCAUGCACUGACCAACCAAAAUCGGCCAAUUUGAGAUCACCAUUAAAUGCAACCAAUAUAUUUUCUGGCUUUAUAUCUCGGUGUAUAACAUGGUGCUGAUGACAAUAUUCCACUGCAUCUGCAA